GGACGCGCGUGAGCCAAUGAGAGCGUCGGGCGGACAAGCGGGGCUCUGCCUAUAAAAGGGUGAGGCGGCGGCGCUGGCGUGCAGUUUCCUGUUUGUGAGAGUCUCUGUGUUUUCCAUCAUGUCUGGUCGCGGUAAGCAAGGAGGCAAGGCCCGCGCCAAGGCCAAGUCGCGCUCGUCCCGCGCCGGCCUGCAGUUCCCGGUGGGGCGCGUGCACCGGCUGCUGCGCAAGGGCAACUACGCGGAGCGCGUGGGCGCCGGCGCGCCCGUGUACAUGGCGGCCGUGCUGGAGUACCUGACGGCCGAGAUCCUGGAGCUGGCGGGCAACGCUGCCCGCGACAACAAGAAGACGCGCAUCAUCCCGCGCCACCUGCAGCUGGCCAUCCGCAACGACGAGGAGCUGAACAAGCUGCUGGGCAAAGUGACGAUCGCGCAGGGCGGCGUCCUGCCCAACAUCCAGGCGGUGCUGCUGCCCAAGAAGACCGAGAGCCACCAUAAGGCGAAGGGCAAGUGAGGCCGCUGCUGGCGCCGGCCCGCGUCUCGGGGAGACGCCCGCGAACUCAAAGGCUCUUUUCAGAGCCACCCACUGGUUCAGA